AUGAAGCUCGCCAACGCAUUCCUGGCGUCGCUCCUGUUCUUCGGCGUGACACCUUUGGUGAUCGACAAGCAAAGAGAUGAGAAUGCUCUCACGACAACCUCCACCCCCUCCGAUACCACGUCGCCCAUUGCUCUCGUUGCGUCAAUUGAUGCAAGUUUUGGGUAUACCACAGACAACACGCACGAUGCUCUGGAGGCCAGGGCCGGAAUGAGUCGAGGUAGUCGCCGAAGGAAGACAGCAGAUUCCCCGAGCAUCGAAAUCAAGACCACGGAGAAGAUUACUACCAUUAAGGGAGACCCGAAGCCGAAGCCGAAACCAACCCCAAAGACCAAGCCCAAGGGAAAGGCGGACACGACGUGCACGGUUGAACAGAAGAAGGCAGGCAAGUGCCUAAGUCAGAACAAAAACAAAAACUGGGAAGUCCUUCAUCCCACAAAGGGCUGCAGACCUAAGAAUUGUAAGAAGUGUGGCAAAGCGACAGAUGCAAAAGGCGGCAAAAAGAGUGGCAAGAAGACCACCAGAGACAUCUCCUCCCUCCGCAGUACUACUUUUUACAAGCGCACUGCUACUUCUGAGCCCGCAUCCAAGACCGAAGCUGGUCUUAUGGCAUGGACCAAGGAUGUGUGGGCGUCAUCUCCUAAGGUCCUGCAUCUGCCAGAGGACGGCUACCAGCCCACGUCCUUUUUCGUAAAGUGGACUUCGUUAGGACAAGGCACUAAGUUCGUGACCGUGAAGAAUCUAAUGGGAUGUACAUCUGUAGUCGCGGUCUCUGACCUGGGUGUCUACAUGUCACACCAUUGGCAGCACACAGUCGGUGAUCAAUCGUUCGACAAUAUGCCCCCACAGUUUGAGAAUGCCUUCACCAACCCCAUGACAGGCAAAGGCCGCGCCUCUUUCAAGCUCACCGCCGCACAGAAAAAGAAGGCUGUUUUAUACCAGCCCGAAGCUGUGGUGAAGUCAGAUGUCGACGACGUGUUCCCUACGACAGGCUUCGAGGCUCUCACCAAUGUCAGGUCUUCUUUCACCGCGGCCAGUAAUGUGCAGUCAAUGGUCGCCGUUUGGGACGGUAAGACAGGUAACGGGGACAAGUUCGUGAAGACAGGACCGUUCAUGAAGGACUUUGUUGACGAUUUGUUACCUGGAACAGCCACGAAAUUGGUCAGAUACGGGAACACCGAGGAUGCCCUGAAUACAUCGAGGGACGAUAACGAUUACCAUGGCAAGAUAAUCGUUUCUUAUGACUCGGGUACGAAGAAGUACCAGGUGUGGAUGGCGGGAGCGAAAUUGGAUGGACCUAUUCUCAAGAAUUAG